UUCAGUGUUUCGGCGCUUUCAGCCUCGUAAAGUGCAGUGCACGAGCAGCGCAUUCCGCGUUCAACGGACGGGACGGUGCUUUUUCGAUCUUUCGUCAACCGUACCACCAGCUAAAAAAUGCAUUGUUAUCGGUACCGUUGGAUUGCCAAAUUUGGACCGAUCUGGUUUGCGGUGGUCUUAUGAGAGGUAUCACCGGAACAGAGCACCAGUUGCAUCCAUCAGCACCGGCUUGUCAUCAUGCAGUGGAGUCCCGGGGGAGCUCCGGAUAUCCUGCUGCUGGUGGCGUCGACGCUGAGCGUCAUAAGGGCGGCGCAACCAGACUCCAAAGGGCUGAUGAGGCGCAGGGAGGCCGGGGAUGAUACUGCUAGUCAACUCAAGAUAGGCAGAGCUAUUGAUAUCUUCACCAGGUACGGCUACCUCAGCCUCUCCAUGAAGGUGAUAUCUCGCAACGAAUCAGACUGGAUGUUCCGUGAGCCAACCAUCGCCAUAUUUAGUGACCUAGAACGGUACGCUAGUCGCCCUGAAAGGGUAUCAAAAAGGCAGCGACGAGUCUUCGAAGGGGAUUUUCACAUGGAAUUCUGCGAUAAUGUACGACAACUAGUGCAAGCAUAUUUCAGAGAUUUUACAUUUGAAAGACUAGACAAACCAUGGAGAGCAUUCACUUCCUCAUGGGCACCAGAGACGCUGGCCAGGAAUUUGGGCAUCAACGCAUCGUUCAUUGUCAAAGAGCACUACUACGUGCUGGUACGAUUAUCCAGAUUCAGAGAAAUAGUAAAAUUGGACCGAAUGCCAAAUAAUAUAAUCUUAGCAGACAUUGUAGCCAGAGAAAUAGAUAAGAUCAAGAUUGGAGACGUAGAAACUGUCUUGAACUUCAUCAGGAAAUAUGGAACCCAUUACAUUCAUUCAUAUGUCACUGGAAACUCGUUAUAUCAAGUAUUUGUCUUCAACAAAACGACUUACCAACAGAUCAAAGACCGUCUGAAGACCCAAGGAAUCGCUCACAUACAAAACCAAGAGCUAUCUCAGUACUUCAGCCCAUGGUACGCAGAACACAUGGGCACAAUCAAAGUAGCAAGUGGAAAUCGGUCUGUGGCCAACUGGGCGUCGUACAAGCUGAAGAACAACUACUAUAUCUUCACCUAUCCUUCUCUGUUGAAAAUUCAUGGUGAUUCAAAACUGCUGGCGAAACUGAACAGCAUGCUAGGCAAUGAAGCAAUACUUGAAAUAGGCAUGAAAACGAUCGCUCCAGCAUUCAAAGAUCCAGCUAAGCGGAAAUGGUUCGAGGAAGUGUUGGACAACUUUUUGAAGCUAUGGGAAAGCAAUUUAUAGUGUCCAACCAUUCUAACAGAUUCAAUUUAGCGAUUGCCUUCUGGUGAAGACUGCAGAAUGAUCUAUUUAGCUGCUCGCUGAUAAUAAGAUAAAUCCCAAGAUUUUGGGCUCAAAUGUGUUCUGUGCCGCAUCCAAAAUGGUACAGUAAAAAUCAUAUGAUUGAUUUAUAGGGAUGUUCGCAAUAUCUCUGCGUUCGUUUUUGUGAAACUGCGUACAAAUAUUGCAUAAAGCAAUCGUCUUACGUCCAUAUCUGCCCCAAAAGUGUGUCGGCCACCGACAGUAUAAUAAAUAUUUUGAAUGAAUGAAUGAAAGUGGAGGCUGUAGCUAUCCUACUUUGUGAAUCUUUACCAGACUACAGAAAAUGCAAAAAGUAUCAUAAACAUAAAUCCUGGGGUACGAAUAUGCUUUGAAUAAAAGAAACAAGUCACACUUCUUUGUUGAAACUUCGGUAUUUUCUUUACAACUGAAUCACAUGAUCUAUAAAAAAAAACUCGCAGCAACCUUACAGCGAAUAGCUUUCGGCAAUUUUGUUAAAAGUAUGCUGUAGGUCUCAACACUUAAAACAAAAAUGUCCAUAGGUCUAAAGUUUUUCCACGAAUAUUUUUCAAGGGCAAUCUGAGCCCUACUUUAGCAAAUUUUGGGUUCAACACAAGAUAUUUUGUCGAUUUGGAAUAAGACUCAUUGCCAUUUCAAACACAUCUGACCAACUAACUCUAAAUAAUCCUUAUUAUUAGGAAUACUGGUGUAAAUUAAAUUUACUUUGUAACCGCAUCAUUUAUUAAGCGAAGACUUUACUAAAGCUGUAUUUCUAUAUGUGGAAGACUGUUCCAAAUCCCUUCUGUUAAAUAUAUUCAUCAAUUUUGGGUACUGACAGUCUUCUUCCAAACUGACGAUGUAAUAGCUGUAUUUGAUAUUAAUUUACGUUCUUGUCUUAUGUACACGGUGGAUCAAAUUUGCAUGGAUCGAGUGAACACAAAGAUUUUCAAUACAUUUCACCAACAACUUUGAUAUCCAGCUUACUCUUUGGAUACCCUGUAUAAUCAGGAGCAGUUUAAAGCGUGUUCCCAAAAGGACGUUGCAGAAUAGUCCUGAAUAUUUUUUGUGUCUCGGAGAAAUACUCUAUCUAUGCAAGUUUGGGCCACCCUGUACAUGUGACCGAAUUGCAAAGUUGCUGAACCAGCCAGUACGGAUGAUGCUGAUAAUGACGUAAAUAAAUACCUAUUACAUAUAUAAUGUAUCAAACCCACAGUGUACUGCAAUUGGGUACGGACUCAACUUAGCCCUUGGAAACUACUUGCGGAAAAACCUUAGGUCCAUGGUCACUUUGGUUCUACGUGUUGAGAUCUAUAAAAUACUACUUUUUAGCACACUUACCUGUACUGUAUUAAUGUAGUAACGCAACCUAAUUCUUAACAACUACAGGAAGUCUGAUUAAUUUGAAUUUAAAAAAAAAUUACGUUGAAUUUGGAAAAAAAUUAUCUGAAAAUUUAAUUUGGAAAAUUCGGAAACUAAUUCGAAGAUGUUGAAAUUAUAGUUUACAAAAACACUCUUAAUUAAUCAAACUAAAAGGUUGUUAAUAAUUUGGAAGUAUCGGAGAGUUUCUGUUACCUGCAAUAGAAAGUUGAACAAUCUAGUAUGACUAAUUAAUUUGGAAUAAUAUAUAAAAAUUAAGAUAUCAACAAAAAAAUUCAAUUAUAGUAAAAAAAGCGUGGGGUGGAUAUUUCCAUGAUAACUCCCAUUUUUAAAAUAGCAACUAAAUUAAGAUUUUAACAUUUAAUAUCAAGCACCCCAUCCUUUUUCACCAUACUUCAAAUUUUUGUUCAUUUCUUUUUUAUAUUGAUCCUUUUCAAAUUAAUGAGUCAUACUUAAUUAUUGGACUUUCUAUUGCAGUAACAUAAACUCUCCUAUACUCUGUUCUACUUUUUAGUUCAAUUUCAUAUUUUAACGCUUUAGCGUGUUUAUUAGUUUUUGAAAACUACAGUUUAUUAAUAAUUCAAAAGCUAUUCACCAUAAAGUUUCUUCACGGUCUUCUGUCUGAAAACAAUAAGAAAUCCAAAAUUGCAAUAAAGACCAUUAAGAGAGUAAGCAGUCAGUGAACCUCUUAUCAAAGCCAUACUCAACCCAGCAUUGGUCUGAACAUCAUGAUUAAUAUGAAUGCAUCUGUAGUCCAAAUGAAGUAGCUUAUCAUCUUAUGACACUGACAUGAAACUACACGAAAGUACCGGGCCUACAGAAUGGGACAAACUGAUACUUUGUAAUAAAUUAUUUCCCUUUGAAAUGUGAUAGUAAUGUAGAUAUAUUUUUAAGACUAUUUUUGUAUAAGUAGGUAACAUAUUAAUCUAUUGCCAAAUUGACCCAUUCCCCCAAAUGUGUAUUGAAAAAACCUGUAAGAGAACUAAAUCAUAUAAAUGAAUAAGAUCUAAAAAACCUUGUUUUGAUUCUACUUGGCUAUAUUGAUAACACGCUGACUUAUAGGAACAAAGAAGCAGUCGUAUUGGCCAGGUCUGAUGUACGAAGUUCGACACGGUUAGGAUGGGAGGCCAAAGUCAGGCGGGUCUAUCUAGCAGCAACAUUGCGCAGCAGUAUCAAGGAGAGAUUUAAGGAG